AGAUAUUCUCCAGACUGCAGAUAACCUCGUCUGCUAGACCCGAUAUCCCUUAACGGUAUCGGCAUCUACCAGAGCGAGGACAACCAAAGAGUCAACAUUCCCUCCGCGAAGGACUUCUUCAUCCCUUUGUGCACCCGACCUCCAUAACGUCCCUUUAGACGUUUGCACACUACAUAUUCUGCUGGUUCCGCCAGCGCUCGAUUCACCCCACGGUUCUGUGGGCCUUCUCUUCUCAGGCGGACACCGCAAGGUUCGUCUGGGUGGCAGAUAGUGCUUCACAGUACUUGCCAAUAGAGCUUGACUCAACCUAAGGAAACACAUCAUCGAAUUUCUGUCAACUACAACAAAUUUUCAAGGAAUAGUUAUGGUCCAUUUCGAGAUACCAUCGCAAUACACUUUCUCGCCUUCAGAAGGUACGCCACAACUUACGAUCAACCGUGAGGCUACCGUCGAUCUUGAUAGCAGCAAUGCAUUCGAAGGCCCCGAGAAACUCCUAGAAGUCUGGUUUGCGCCGGCUGCAGAUGCUCUCCCUCCAGGAACCAAGAAGGAUGGACUCAAGGCAGUUCAGGCCGAGACAUGGAAGGAGAUGCUAGAUCUAGUCAACUGCAAGGUUCUUUCUGUGGUUGAGUCGGAGCACAUCGAUGCGUACCUCUUGUCAGAGUCGAGCAUGUUUGUCUUCCCUCACAAGCUCAUCUUGAAGACAUGUGGAACUACGACACUCUUGCUCGGCAUUCGACGCAUGUUGCGAAUCGCUGCAGUUGAGGCGGGCUUCCCAUCCCACAACACCAGUUCUUUGGAUGACAUCAAGACUGCGGCCACUCCUUACAGAGUCUUUUACAGCCGCAAGAACUUUUUGUUCCCUGACAAACAACAUGGACCUCACCGAAGCUGGAAGCAGGAAGUCAAGUUUCUUGAUGAUAUGUUCCUUGGCGGAAGUGCAUAUAUGGUGGGCAAGAUGAAUGGAGAUCAUUGGUACCUCUACCUCACAACACCAAACACCACACUCACGCCGCCUCGAACCCCUGAUAACGAACGAGUUGCCACUGAGACGAAGAUCUUGAAGAUCCCAACCAGCUCAGCCUUUGCAAUGGGACAGAGAGCCUUGGAGAAUGACGAUGAGACGCUUGAAGUCCUGAUGACGGAUCUUGACCCAGAGAAUGCCAAGCAGUUCUACCUAGAACACGCGAGUGCGGUCGCGGAGGGCAAAUACUCUGAGAGGGCUGAUCGAGCCCGUCGAGAGGCGGCAAACAGCCUGGGAGACUUGAGUGGAGCCAACAUGACAAACUCAACCUUGAGUGGCAGUACAGCGGCCAACGACGAGACCUUUGACGUAUUCAGUCAAACCUCUUCAGACAACGGAGCCUUUACUCCAGAUGAUGACGUUGGAUACCCAGAGGAGCUCAGCACCGAGGGUCACGCACUUGGUACAGUGGUCUCGGAGACUUGCGGUCUAUCGGAUGUCUAUCCUACUUCUAAAUACCCUGAUGCACGCGUUGACGCCUACCUCUUCACACCCUGCGGCUUCUCCGCCAACGGUGUGAUUCCGGCCCCUGAUCAAGCAGGCACGGCGACACAUUACUUUACGGUUCACGUCACCCCCGAACUACAAUGCUCUUACGCUUCAUUCGAAACCAAUGUCCCCGGACGUCAAACUGGACGCGAGACUCAUGAAGUGAUUGAGCACGUAGUGAACAUCUUCAAGCCCGGUCGUUUCAGCGUCACGCUCUUCGAAGCCAAGACGAUCGUGGCUGAAGUACGUGAUCUGGGUCUGGAUGGUGACGGGGUGGCGAAGGCGGGCUUGCUUCGCAGUGCCAAGAUGGAGAAGAUCAGAGGGUAUCGCAGGUUGGAUCGGAUCGUGCAUGAAUUCGAUGGGUACGAUUUGGUGUUCCGGUACUACGAGCGUGAUGGUUGGGUGGGUGGUGGGCCACGGUUGGGCGAGGUUGAUUGAGGGUCUGCGUUUUUUCUAUUUGCUAUUUCUUCUUUCACUGGCAGCGUCUGUCUGUCGUU